GCUGGACAAGUUCUUCUAUACCUAAGACAUGCUUAUACUAUUCUUGAGUGACCUCUUCUUCUUCUUCUUCUAUUUUUGGCAACUAUAUCAUUGAUUUAGGUAAUUCUGAUUCUACGUUCGUGUACUUUUUCUUUGUAGUUCAAACUAUAAUAGGAUAUAUGGUCUCGUCUUUAGUUCACUUCAUUCGUUGCCUGCGUCCCUCCAUUUGAUCUGAUCAUGGGGCUUGCUGGUUAGAUUCGAAUCUAUUGAGUCGAUGACGACCAGCAUUUGCCGAUGUCAUUAUUGUGGCAAGGAACAGGUGGGGAUGUAUUCUUAAAACUGUCUGAAUAUAGGAUUUGCCCUCAGGGUCGAACCAAAAAAUUAAAAGGCAAGGAAGAUUUUUUCGGUGACAAGUGUCACAAGACAAGCAUGGUUGUUUUUUUUUUUCCUGUGUUUUUAUUUUAAUUGGUUCUGGGCCAACUAUGAUUGUAGGUCCAGGUAUUUAUACUGUUGUUGAGGCUUAUGCUAUCUAUCUAUGUUGAUUUCUCUCGAACCGUGGUCUCUGAGACGGCGCACGAGUCUCUACUAGAGACGAGCACGAUAGUUGUUUUCUUUUGGACAGGGGAGUGGAGUUUAUUUUAUUUAAUUGACUAGGACAUGGAAUAGAGACUUCUUUCACGUUUUUUACUCCGGCCGAUUGUGUUGACCCGUAACUUCCUGGAAACACCUACCUGGCUCGUGUGAAAUCCGUGAUGCCUGAAUCUGGGUUGGUGAAUAGUCAACGAGUUAACCCUAUCUCUUCUUGUGCACUAAUGGGGUGGACGUGCACCAAUUUGCAAGUGGGUGUUUUGUAACCAAGGAUCCUAUUGGUAUAUUCUCUUGAGGAAAUGAAGCACUAAAGAUGGCAUUAGAUACCUCAUCUGGAAUGAGGGAAGAGGAAGCUCCAUCCAAGCUACCAACCGACCAUGUUCAUAGAAAUGAGCCGCUUGCAAGUUUAUUGCUACCAUAGACCAAAUGAGAGGCACCCUCCACGAAAUUUAAUUAAAAUGAUUUUGAUCUUUCCACAUGACGAUCGUUCACAUGCGGCCCAGCUCCACUUCUCCACUUUCCACGAAAAAAAUAAAAAUACAAAAAAAAUCCCCACGUGUUCGACAUGAAAUAUUUGAAAAAUCCUCUCUCUGUGUACUAUUUCUACAGAGUUUGAGCUGCCCAUCUUGAUUCUUGGCACUCUCUCCUCUGUCUAUCUUUCUAUCGUCACCGGCAUCAUCAAUGGCCUCCACCAGCUCUCUCAAGCCAGUCUCUUCUCUCAAACUCUCUAACCCAAGAUCCCAAUCUCGCAUCCAAUCCCAACAACAAUUGGGUUUCACUCACUCGCAAGGCUUUGCAAUUCAACACCUCAAACUCUCCAAAGCAACUCGUGAUCAAGAUGAUUUCUCAACAAAAAGAAGCUCCAGGGACUUCACCACCAGAGCUUUCUUCUUCAACAAGAAGCCUAGGUCCCCUCCAGUAUCUCCAAAACCAACUAAAGUUCAAGAGCUGAAUGUGUAUGAAAUCAACGAGCGAGACAGAGGCAGCCCAGCCUUUUUAAAACUGAGUCAAAAACCCCAAAACUCUCUCGGUGACCUUGUGCCUUUCUCCAACAAGCUUUACUCUGGAGACUUACAGAAACGGCUAGGCAUAACUUCUGGUCUCUGUGUACUAAUCCAAAAUGUGCCAGAAAAGAAAGGUGAUAGAUAUGAGGCAACAUACAGCUUCUACUUUGGUGAUUAUGGUCACAUAUCAGUACAAGGAGCAUACCUGACCUAUGAGGAUACCUACCUAGCUGUGACUGGUGGUUCUGGGAUCUUUGAGGGUGUCUAUGGACAGGUCAAGUUGCAGCAACUUGUGUUUCCUUUCAAGUUGUUUUACACUUUCUAUUUGAAGGGAAUACCUGAUUUGCCAGCUGAACUUCUGGGACAGCCAGUCACCCCAUCGCCAAGUGUGGAACCGGCUCCUGCUGCUAAGGCCACGGAACCUCGUGGGAUUAUCCAAAACUUCACUAAUUGAUCCAUUUUGUUUAUUUUUUAGCUAAAUUUCUUUUUGCCAUUUUCUUUCCAGUCAAUGUUUGUUUCUCGCCGGAGAAAUUAAGUCUCAAUGAUGUAUCUGGGGGGGCGGUGUUUGUUUUUGUAGUGUUGCAGUUAUUUUAAAUUAAUAUCUUUUUUAUAUUA